CGAUCCUGACGUGACGAAGUAUUUCGAUCCAACAUGGCUGCUGCAUGCAGGAGGGUGUUCAGUCUGAUGGUACCUCGAAUUUUGUUUUCCAAUCGGUCUAUAGCUUUAACUGCCUCAUCCAUUUCAUCACACGUAAAGCAUCACGGAUUUUUUACUCAUCAGAGAAGCAGAUUUUGUUCAUCAGUUCCGAAACCAAAACAAGAAACGGUGACAAUUACAUUCCUUAUGCCUGAUGGAGAAAAGGUCCAGACAAAAGCCAAAGUUGGUGACAAUCUUCUGGAUGUGAUCAUAGAAAAUAGUGUUGACGUUGAUGGGUUUGGGGCUUGUGAGGGAACACUGGCAUGCUCUACAUGCCAUCUGAUUUUCAAGCAGACAGACUUUGAGCAAUUGCCAAGCCCUCCAACAGAUGAGGAAUUGGAUAUGCUGGACCUGGCAUUUGACCUUCAUGAAACAUCACGUCUUGGCUGUCAGGUAAUUGUUACCAAAGAAAUGGAAGGUUGGGAGAUCAAGGUGCCAGCUGGAGUUUCAGAUGCCCGAGAACCUUCCUAACAGUUGAUAAGAAUACUGAGGCAGACCUCAUUAGAAGAAGCCACAGAUGCAUGCUCAUAUGCUUCACUAUUACCAAAACAAUGUUUUAAAUGUUCAAGGAUUUUGAAGGGAGAAUGCCAGUGUCAGUUUAAAUCAUAGCACUAGACAUCUUAACUACUACUUACUAACUACAAGGCUUUCAGCAGCUUGUCUUAUCAUUUAAAAGUACUUCUUAAUGUUAUGAAUUGCUUGUCAAAUGCUUUGGCUGGAAGGCACUCUGGAUAAAAUGUCUUAGGUGUUAAUAUUUGUUCCUUGCUCAAAGCAAAUAAGUUUCCAGCUGUCUAAGCUGUUUAUAUGAAUUAAUGAUUUGUGUACAUUUAAAAAAAAAAACCUGUCCAUGAGUGUGUUAGACUCAGUGCAUGACAAUAAUCAUUCCACUUUGAGAUGUGGGAGGGCAUCAAGAUAGUUGUUUACUGGGCAUUGUUUGUGCCCCCAUUUUUGUUUAUCAAACUGUUUAAGAAUGUUUUGAGGGACAGAAAUGUCUCACUGGAACAUGAAGACAUUCUGUAUGUCUCAUUCCUUUUAUAGCAAUAAUUGCUUUUUUUUGACGAUGUGGCAUGCAUUAGAAAUGGAAAUUUCCUGUAUAAGUCAAAUUUGAUUACUAUUACAAUUCUUAGAAUAUAGUUUCUUGAUGUCGAGAGAAGAGAAUCAAAAAUAUGAAAACGUUUUCUCAGUUUAUGUUAUUGUAUGCAUGUGGAUGUCUAUCCACACCAUCUAAUAAUAAAAUAUUUAAAGGCAAAUGUAAAUAUAUUUAGAAGAUGACAUAAGCAAAGAACCGAGGGUAAAGGUUAUGUGCAGUUACAUCUAUCAUAUUAUAAGCAGUAGUUUGUCAUGGAAGUUGGCAAGCAUAUUUGCCUUAUUUUUAAGAUGUGUUUAAUUGUGAUAAGAGAGUGUCAGGUGGUUUUAAAUUACGUUUUUUAAAAGUAUUUCAUGGCUAAAACAAAGCUGUAAUCUGUACAGCACAUCUUUUGGCCACCUAAUCUUCAGUUUUGUUUUAGUUUCGAUAGUUUGUGUGUGCUGCUUAGAGAAUCGAUGCUUUAGUAAUAAUAAAAUCUGUACAUCAGGAACCCAUAUAACAAUGUCUUCAUUUACGAAGCUGCUGUGCACCAAAGCCUUUUAAAUCAAAUGUUAUUCUUCAAUUGAUGAUGUGUUCCAGAACAUGUAAUUAGCAACGUUUAAAAUUGUUAUGAAUGUAAGAAUGAACUGGUGUCAGAAUAAACAAGUGAGUGUAACGAA